CUAUAUAAGCUGGAAUCGAGGUUCUGUCAAGCAGGAGAGCUUACACAGAUUUGGUCUGGUUGGGAUAUUUCUCACUCAUACCCACCAAAGUAGGGCCCCACAGAGCUAGCCCACCCCACUCUCAGGAUGCCCAGCAGAACAGCCCGCUACGCCCGCUACAGUCCCCGACAGCGGAGGCGGCGGCUGUUGGCUGAUCGGAGUGUGCGUUUUCCUAAUGAUGUCCUCUUCUUGGACCACAUCCGCCAAGGCGACCUGGAGCAGGUGGGGCGCUUUAUCCGGGCUCGGAAAAUCUCCCUAGACACUAUCCACCCCUCAGGCCUGGCUGCUCUGCAUGAAGCUGUGCUCUCCGGAAACCUGGAGUGUGUGAAGUUGCUAGUUAAAUAUGGUGCUGACAUCCACCAGAGGGAUGAGACAGGCUGGACACCACUGCAUAUCGCUUGCAGUGAUGGGUACCCUGACAUAGCCAGGUACCUCAUCUCUUUGGGGGCUGACCGAGAUGCAGCCAAUGAUGAUGGCGAUCUGCCCUCCGACCUUAUUGACCCGGACUUCAAGGACUUAGUGGAACUCUUCAAAGGAACCAGCAUGGAUUGAGUCAGCCGUGCCCUUUGGGGGCUUGUGCCUCCUUGGACAAGUGGCAAGCACCUUGCCCCAGGGACUAGAGUGCCCACUGGACGUGCAGUGAGGCAGCCAGGCUGGUUAGGACUUGGGAGGCUCGACCCUCUUACCCCUAGA